GCCUAGUACAAAUCCGUUCCGGAAUUUACGCCGUGAUCUUAGGGCCACUGCGGGAAUCUUGCUCUUUCUGUUAUAAAACCAUAACGGUAUUAUCUCGAGGUUGGUCAUACUUGGCCUCGGUGUUCAUCGAACACUUCGAUCUUCGAGUCUUGUAUUCCGCCAUCAGGCUCGAGCCCGGUCCAUUUUGAACUUAUUCUCGAAGUGACCCCUCGAGCCUACGAAAUCCGGCACACCUGAUUUCGACCGUAUACAGAUAGUCCCCGCGUUUCUUAGAAUAAAAUGAUAAGAAACGACUUGAGCCUCGAUUUUUCGGAAUCCUUGAUGAUGAUGUUAUUCCCGUGACGUAGGCGCUCGAAGUGACCGAAACAUCCUGUCGGUUCGCUUCCCCAAAAUAUUAAAUGCUUCGCCAGUGGUGGUCGACCACUAGCGCCGUCGAACCGUCGCCGCUUGCCUAUAAAGACAAGACUCAAAUUCGAAUAAAAAACUUUACUUCCAUCUUCAAACCACCUUCAAACUUCCCAUAUCUCUCCCCCUCUUCAUCUUUCUCUCUCAUUACCUGUUAUUCUCGCCCUUUUAGUGCCGAAAGAUAUCAAGCUCCGCCUAUUUCCGCUUUUUCUAACCGAAAUCAAUGGCGAAAACCUCCAAAAUAGUUCCUCAAAAGGAGAAAGCUUCCUCCUCCUCUUCCCGGCCGGCCGGUGAUAAAGCGCUGGCCUUUUAAGAGAUUAUUCCCGGCCCCUGUGUCAUAAAGAAAGACUUCAAAGUUAAAAAUCCACCCGCAAUUCCUGGGCGAGCAUAUAUCGAGGUAUAUUUGCUCGAUAACGGAGAAGCACCUCAAGGCCAUGAAGAAGGACUGUGGCUGGGGGAACGAGGUCGUGGUACAGAUCCCCGCCCCCGAGGAGAGUAUCACUACUCAUGUGGAAGGGUUCCUAAGUGUUUACACUUACCCCUUCACGUUUGGUCCCAUCGAUCCAAUUGUGAUCGACUUCUGCAAGAGGUAUCAGGUCACCCUCGGCCAGAUCCAUCCUUCUUUCUGGCGUAUAGUAAUCAUGCUUCUCCAUUUCUCCAGCAAGGACGGGGGGCUAGAGUUCACCCUCAAUCACCUUACCCGAUUGUAUCGUCCUCAGCUUUUUCGAGGGUUGAUCAAGCUCCAACGCCGGUCGACCAAGGCUUUUUUUGCUAGCAAUGACGAGUAUAAGGACCAGGGCUGGAUGAGCCGGUUCGUGCGAGUGAGGACCUGUGACAUCAUCCCAGAGGAGAAAAUACCGUUUCCAGAGAAGUGGAACCCCGAUCUCGUCGACCUCGAAGAUUGGGUCCGUAAACUAGUUGCGACCUCCUCGUAUGACGAGCGCCGAUGGCGUGACUUGGCAAGGGGCAAAUGGGAAGCCAAACACCACGGCAUUGGAGAUAUCUCUGAAAUGAGGCCAGUCCCGCCCGGGGAAGAUACCGAGUCCCCGAUUCCGAAAUCAGGGAAAGAUAAUAAGAGAAAAAGGGUUUCGAGCCCGAAGACUCAGUCCACCAGCAGAAUGAUGAAGAAGAAGACGAGGGCGAAGAAUCAGCGCUGGUGACCCAAGCCAGGAAACCAGCCGAAGAUGCCAAGCCCUCCGAACCGGAGACCCUGCCUCGUGGUGAGGAGGCUCCGAAGAAAGACGCGGUCAAGGCCCGUGAAUCACCCGAGGUUGAGAUCGUUCCUCGACCAUCAACAAGCACACCAAAGGGGACAGGUUCCGAAAAACCCAAAGCUGAACAAAGCGCCCUGAGUGAUUUUCUCGGGGCCAUGACAAUAGGUCACUCUCCUCCUCUACCGACUUAUUCUCAGGAGUGCAUAAGGGAGGCUCGAGCGCUGCACAUGCCUGACUUAAGCGGAGUCCCUAGUGAAGAAUAUCCUUUUCGAGAUUGCUUUAUCGGGGUCGAUGAUGUCGCCGAUCUCAACGACGCAGCUACUCUUUUCGAAGAGGCUCAACGCCUUUUCUCUCAAGCUUUCACCAGGUUCAGGGCCGACCUGAGCCAAUGUGAAGUCGAGCUCCAGAAGACCUCGGAUGAAGGGAAGGCCCUGAAGCUCCUUUGCAGUCAAAAGAAGGAGGAGCUCGAGGACCUUAGGGCAGACCAGGCCAAGGCUCGUAAAAAUGAGGCCGAGCUAGACAAGCAGCUGCAGCAAAAACUGGAUAGGAUCGAGUUGAUUUGAGGGGAGGUCGAUCAGGUCAAGGCCGACUGCAACUGGUGGAAGGAGAAUAUGGACCGCCAGACUGUGGAGAAGGAGGCCGCUUUAGCCAAACUGGCAUCGGCUUAGGCCCAACUCCGAGGUGCUAGAGAGAAAAGUUUGUCCCAGGCCAAAAGGAUCGACGAACUCGAGGUCAAGCUUGCAGAGGCCAGGGCUGAGGUCGAGAAGACGAAGGUCAUGGCUAAUAAAACCAUUGCCGUGUACUUAAGGGAUGCUGAGGCUGCUCAAACGGAGCUAAGGGAAGCCUCUGACCGGGAGAAACAGAGUAAUGAUUUGGCCAAGUGCCAAUCCCGGAGGGAGACCCUUGAAGAAAUCCACGCUCGAGGUUUCGACCUCACUGAAGAGAUAGCUCAAGCAAAGGCGCUCGAAGCUGAUGCCAGAUUUCUUGUCUCCUCCUCCGACGACGAUGAAGGCAGCCAAGGCGGAUCUGACAAUGAAGAGGGGACCGAAGAGGAAGUUGCUCCCGAGGGAGAAACCAGCCCCGGGCAUAUAGGAUUUUUCUUUCUCUUUUUGUAUUUUUCUUUUUUUAAGACCUCUUGUCGGUUUCUUGUACAUAUCUUUUUUCAAGUAUAUAAAAGAAAAUUAUCCUUGAA